CGUAUUUACGAAUUGUCCAGCAAAAUCGCGAGUUUGGUUCUACGUUUCGAUUCAAACUGACUCGCACAACCGGCUCUGUUUUGGCGCGAAGCUGCUUUAUGGCAAGUAGUUCAUGCAAAAGGUCACGACUAUCAUUUAAAUUGUCUUAUCGUGUACACCGGCUUAAGCAACAUGGAAGAUUUGACAACGAUUCAAGAUGCACGUUUGAAAAAAUUUAUGAUAGAUAGCAAUGAUGCACUGGAAUUUAGAUUGAUUCGUAGUAUUGAGGACCUAGCUUCUGAAGAAGCUGUAUUUAAACCAGAAAUGUCGCAUCAAGUGUUUGGUUCAAUGGAAACUAUAUUCGGUUACCGUGAUCUAAAGGUGCAGUUAUUCUAUGCAGCAGGUUGCUUGGAAACCUUUUUGGGAAUGACAUAUACAGAAAAAGCAAAUGAUCUUGAUUUCGAAGGAGUUGAACCUGAUAAAGUUUUAACAAAAAUGGCCGAAAAACUUGCACCAAAUGUCCAUUAUAGUCUAGAUACUUUCAUUAAUGCGCUUAAAAAAGAUGACACAUUUAAACCAGAUGGAGAGUUGCUACAUUCGUUUACAAUAAAUGACAAUAGUACUGCGAGACAAUUCGAAGUUUACAAAGCAGAUAUAAAUUCUAAAAAGUUCAGAGAAUAUCAUCAGAGGAUUCAAACAUUUCUUCUUUGGUACAUAGAUGCAGCUAAUUUUAUUGAUGUUGAUGAUGAACAAUGGAGUUAUUUUAAUAUGUUUGAAAAAUAUACCACAUCUACGGGUGCAGCCCGAUAUGGAACCGUCGGUUUUGUUACAGUAUACCGUUAUUACGCAUAUCCGGAGCAUAUUCGGCCACGAAUUGCACAAGUGUUAAUUUUGCCGCCAUUUCGACAGAUGGGUCUUGGCACGCAGAUGUUGCAAGCAAUUUAUCGCGAAUAUGUUGGAAUGAAUGAAGUUAAAGAUAUAACAGUUGAAGAUCCGUCCGUGACGUUCCAACGAAUACGAAACUACGUGGACGCUGUGAAUUGCAGCACAUUACCUAGUUUUAAGCAGGAACACUUGAUGCAAGGCUUCAGUAAUCAAAUGGCUAUUGAAGCUAGAGACAAAUUCAAAAUAAAUAAGAGACAAGCUCGCACGGUGUAUGAGAUCCUGCGACUACGCGCAACGAACAUCGCAAACGAAGAGGACUACCGAGCGUACAGAUUAGACGUGAAGGGAAGAUUGAAUAUACCGUAUAAGAGAAAAGAGAACGAAGAGAAGAAAUUAGAACGCGCAUUGAUGUACGUGGACAAGCGUGCUAACCCACUGCCGCCGUUCGAACAACGUGUACAAUUACUCGAUAAGGAAUAUCGAUUUUUAGAAGACGAAUACAAAAGAGUUAUUCAGCGUCUGGAGGAUGCACCGGAGUUGUGAAAGAGAAAAACAAAAAAACGUUGCAUGAACUUUGUCCGUAUUAAUCAAUCAAGAAUUUUUUUUUUUUAAUAUGAA